UUUGUCUAUGAUGGGGAUGAACGCGCACAAGUCAAACGAGGCCGUCAAGUCAUCACAAAUGAAUUGGACUAUUUGAAGCAAUCGAAAACACUAGUCAAGCAUUUCGGUUAUCACUGCCAUAUGGCUCCAGGCGACGCAGAAGCGGAAAUAGUUGACAUGCUCAAGCAGGGCAUUAUUGAUACUGUUCUCUCCAAAGAUAGCGAUGUUUUUCCCCUCGGAGCGGAAUCAGUCAUGAAUCUCGUG